CCUUUUCCACAAAUUCCAUCUUUUAUGACUGCAUGAAUGACAAAACAUCUUGACUUAUAUAACCUCUUACUAGUCUUCAAUUCGUGCAUAAUAAUUCCAUGUAGAAACGUAUGUAUAUACUUCUCCCUUCCCUCUUUAAUUUUAUUUAUCUCACUCUCGAAUCUCGAUCUAUCUAGCUAGCUACCUCAUAUGGAGAACAUUCAUAUGUCUUCUCCUUUUACAUCAACAUCAACAUCCAUUCCCAAUUUUCCUUUUUCGACAACCGUGCCGAUUCCUCACAUGUCUUCUUCAUCUUCUUCUUUCAUUGAUGUCUAUAAAAAUGGCCUUCUAAGGACGAGGACGAUGACAACGACAACGACAACGACAACGACAACGGCGGAGAUGGAGAGGGAGAGGGAUUUUGAGCAUAAUAAUAAUAAUAAUAAUAAUAAUAAUAAUAAUAAUAAUAAUGGGAAAAGAUUAGGUCUUGAAUUUGAUGGUGGAUUCAAAGAGAACAAGAAGGAUAAUAAUAGCAAAGAGAAGAAAUUGAGGAGGCAUAGGUAUGCAUUUCAUACAAGGAGUCAAAUUGAUAUACUUGAUGAUGGUUAUCGUUGGAGGAAAUAUGGCCAAAAGGCAGUCAAGAACAACAAAUUCCCUAGAAGCUAUUAUCGAUGCACUUACGGAGGGUGUAAUGUGAAGAAGCAAGUACAAAGACUUACGAAAGAUGAGGAAGUGGUGGUGACAACCUAUGAAGGAGUACAUACACAUCCAGUUGAGAGGUCUACUGAUAAUUUCGAGCAUAUUUUGAAGCAAAUGCAGAUUUACGUUCCUCCUUAGAUAUACUUUUUUCUUCUAUAUAUGUACACCAAGUAUAUAACUAUACAAAAAUAUUCACAAGGAUCGACCAACAAUAUUUAGAAUGGAAGAUCUUUACUCCGUA